AUGGAGUUUUCAAUCAGCCUGCUGCAAUGCUACCAAAGAAACACAUUCACCCGCGCGGAUCAAAAGCUGGGCGAUUGGUUUCCUGCUGCGCAGGGCGGCCACUUCACCCAGAUCUUGGAUGAACUGCGGCAAGCUGAAGGCGUCGAUGGCGUGCUCAUUGAGGGGACGCGCUGGGACCUAGGAAACAUGCACACCUACAUCCAGUGCUUGCAAGCGCAAGCUCAAGACGAACCUGCUGCCAAGCGAAGAAGAGUUGAUAGCUGA